CCACAGUUCUUCGUCAUGCUGCUGACCGUGUUCCUGCUGGAGCUCGUCGUGGCCGUCCUCUUCUUCGUCUACACGGACCAGAUUGACACGUACGCCCAGCGCGACCUGAAGAAGGGGCUGCACUUGUACGGCACGGAGGGGAACAUCGGCCUCACCAACGCCUGGAGCAUCAUUCAGACGGACUUCCGGUGCUGCGGGGUCUCCAACUACACGGACUGGUUCGAGGUCUACAACGGCACGCGGGUGCCCGACUCCUGCUGCCUGGAGUUCAGCGACAGCUGCGGCCUCCACUCGCCCGGCACCUGGUGGAAGGCGCCCUGCUAUGAGACAGUGAAGAUCUGGCUUCAGGAGAACCUCCUGGCCGUGGGCAUCUUCGGGCUGUGCACGGCGCUGGUCCAGAUCCUCGGCCUCACCUUCGCCAUGACCAUGUAUUGCCAGGUGGCCAAAGCGGAGACCUACUGUGCGUAGAGCCAGCUGGCCACCCAACCCUGCUUCUCCCCCAAAGGACACGGGAACCUUCCCUUCAUGUUCAUUCACCCCACUUAGUUCCCCUUGUAAACGGCUUCCUCCUGGUGUGCCCCAGAGGCCCUCAAGCCCGAGAACAAAGAGGAGGGAGAAGGCUGAAGAUGGGAGCCCCAGGGGGGCCCCUGGGAGGCCGUUGGAGCCGUGGCAGACCGACCCAAAGCUCCAUUCUGUCAUCUUGUCUGCUAGUUUGCCCCGGGAAUGGCUUGGGGCCUGGUACAGCGGGCACCGGGGCUCAGCUUGUCCCUUCCUCUUGCUUGGCCAGGGGGUGGCAGCCCCCCAGCCUCCAGAGCCCAGCCUAGGAGGCAUCUCCUUCCCUUCAAAACAAUCUUGUCCAAGUUACGUGGGGCCAGGGGGCCCCAUCUGCUCGGAGGAAGGUCGGCGUCCCUUCCCUGGCCGCCCAUCAUCACCUUGGGGGCAGCGGGAGUCUCCCGUGCACCGAGCCCCAGCGGGCUGCUGCGUGCCCCCAGAGCCCAGCCUAGGAGGCAUCUCCUCUCCGAGGCCCAGUUGCAUUAUCUGGGACCAUUGGGACAGGACGGGCAGCCCUGUCGGCCCAGAGGGAGGUCAGCGUCCCCUCGCCUGGCCGUCCAUCGUCGCCUUGGGGGGCCUCCUGCUCCCCGGCCCAGCAGGCUGGCGCGCCCCGGCGGGAGCCGCUGGCUCUUCCUAUUGAACAUUCCAGGCCAGACUCCAGGCCGGAGGUGGCCCUCGAGGAGACUCCUCUCCCACUGCGGCCCCUGAAGCCACUUUUGUGUUUGCAGAUUUGUCCUGACUCCAGUAAACUGUUGUGAGUGCCCAGCA